CAGGCCUGGUGCCCACCUGUGCCCACCUGUGUCUGCUCCCUUCCCCAAAGGAUUGGGGGAUACGCCGAAUAGACACUCCUGGUCCUGCUGUGACGUGAGGCUGCCGGGUUCUCACGCUACCUGGCUGCCACUCACUGCCUCGGGUGCUGUGAAGCUCACUGCUGUCUCCCACCCCGGCCCUGCGAAAUGCACAGUGGAGACAGCGAAGGAGCCAACUCUGAGCUCAGGGAGGGCUGCACUUACGUGGGUCCUUGUCCCAGCUCCACUGUCACCUCCGUGUCUCUGCCUGAAACAGGGACAGUCCCCUGCCCUUGCCUCGAAUGGGAUUCCCAGGGCAGAGGCUUUGCCGGGUCUAUGCAGUGCCCAAUGCCACGGAGACUCUGGAUGCAGAAGAGCAGAAAUAACGGCUUCUUUGCACCUCACCACAUGUUCUGGGGGUCAAUAAAGCAGCUACAGCAUCGCCAGCAUCUUUGUGCUUAUGUACGUGGCUCCAUCUCUGGGGGUGCAUCCUACCUUGGCUGUACCUGGGUAAUUAUAGCAACACUGCAUUUGCAUGUAGCAAAACCUACACGAUGAGCAAGGCUGGCUGUAAAACAGAGGACUCAAAGGGAAAAUCCUGUGGACUGGGCUUUUUCUACCCUCUGCCCACCCUGCAAAAUCCCUGUCAAAAAACAGGGGGGGCUGUUUUCAGACCCACACAAAAGAUUGGCACAUGAAGUCUGGUCCCAUUUAAAAAUGUGUGUUUUAGAAACAUUUUGAACAGAGCUGUUUUUUUCGGCUUGGAAAGCUCAGGGGGAAAUAGCACUGGUGGGGAUGGAGAUGUUAGAGCCGGUCUGCUUCAGGCGCAAGGGUGCAGGAUGAGAGAUGCCGUCAUCUUGGCCUCGAAUGACCCAACGUUAGAGGGUAAAGGCCUGUCCCUUGUGCUGCGGGCAGGCAAGAGUCUACAAUGCCUCCAACGCGAGGAUUUUGCCUACACAGUUGAUAGUGAUGGGGGGUUGCAUUGAAGCUUUCCCUCUAUCUUGCGCCUUCUGACUCGGGGCACGUGAGACUGGGAGGCAUCUGAACCCCAAAGCCUCCGGGCUUGGAGCUUGCAUGUAAGUACAUCCAUGGAUUUGGGAGCAUCUGAAGCCCCAAGGUGAAGAGUCUGGGAGGGAGGAGACUGGCCGGUGGUAGCACCACACACUUGAAUGUUGGAGCUCUGCUCACUCAAAAUGUGGAAUUUAAUUCAGACUGGAUUUGGCCUGGAAACAGAAUUAAAAAGAAAAGAUGAGUGCUUUGGCUCGGAGCAUUGGCAGAGGCUGGCAUUCCUCUGAGGGGCUGGCUGGAGCAGGUCUUUUGGCUUGAUCAAUGCUACAAGCUAAUCAGAAAGACCAGGCUGGAUGGUCCCGGAGUUGGUCCUGGGCUGGAGGUUCUUGUUCUAGACCCCAGGCGCCACUGUCCAUUCAAAGCCCCUGUCUUGAGUCAUCGUCCGAGGGUCUGGCCAUGCACUGGUGGGUUGGUGGCCUGUGUUGUGAUGUAGCUGAUGGGUUUCAGUGGAGCUGGGCUGGGGUUGGGGAGGUGGAUGCUAGCACGAUCUACCCUUUUGAGCCCUGGGACCCUUCCUGGACACCCCAGCACUGCACUGGCUGCAGCAGGAGACCUCAUGCACUCAUCUCCUUUCUCCCUCUGCAGCUUCCCCGUGGGAACCCAAAGCAGAUGCCCCACGCCUGAGCUACUCCAGAUGUGGAGGCUUGUCGCCUGCUGCACCCAUCAGGAUCUGGCUGCCAGUUGCCACCAAGAGCACAGGAUGCACAGAGGUCUUGGUGACUGAUUCGCCGUAGGGGGAACCAGGCCUUCUGCAUCACCACUGCUGCCCCUGCUCCCUCCUGCGCUGAGCCGCAGGACAUCAUUUUCUUCUGAGAGGAGCCCCGCCAGCUGAUCAAAAUAGAGUCCCUCCGGGUGAAAGUCGACUUCCUGAAGGCGCCCCUGGGCCUGAAGAAGCCCGCUCUCAAGGAGGCCGCGGCCGCCUUGGCGGCCGUCCCCGGGCCCGGACGGGCCAAGUCCAUCAACGUGGAGCGCUACAAGGCGCGGCGCUCCGACAACAUGGACAACGAGUCGCAGUACUCGGGCUACUCCUACAAGUCGGGGCAUUCGCGGAGCUCCCGCAAGCAUCGAGACCGGCGGGACCGGCACCGCUCCAAAAGCCGAGACGGGAGCCGCGGCGACAAGUCAGUGACCAUCCAGGCCCCCGGCGAGCCCCUCCUGGACAACGAGUCAACCCGAGGGGACGAGAGGGACGACAACUGGGGCGAGACCACGACGGUGGUGACGGGGACAUCGGAGCACAGCAUCUCGCACGAUGACAUCACGCGCAUCACCAAGGACAUGGAGGACAGUGCCCACCUGGACUGCUCGCGCCACCUGGGCGUCUCGCUGGGCGGGGCGUUGGCACUGCUGUCCUUCCUCACCCCACUGGCCUUCAUGCUGCUGCCCCAGCUGCUGUGGCGGGAGGAGCUGGAGCCCUGUGGCACGCCCUGCGAGGGGCUCUUCAUCUCCGUGGCCUUCAAGCUGCUCAUUCUGCUGCUGGGCAGUUGGGCCCUCUUCUUCCGGCGCCCCAAGGCUUUCUUCCCCCGCGUCUUCGUCUUCCGGGCCCUGCUGAUGGUGCUCGUCUUCCUGCUGGUCGUCUCCUACUGGCUCUUCUAUGGCGUGCGCAUCCUAGACUCGCGGGACCGCGACUACCAGGGCAUCGUGCAGUACGCCGUGUCGCUGGUGGACGCCCUGCUCUUUGUCCAUUACCUGGCCGUGGUGCUGCUGGAGCUGCGCCAGCUCCAGCCCCAGUUCACGCUCAAGGUGGUGCGCUCCACCGAUGGGGCCAGCCGCUUCUACAAUGUCGGCCACCUCAGCAUCCAGCGAGUGGCCGUGUGGAUCCUGGAGAACUAUUACCAUGAUUUCCCCGUCUACAACCCCGCCCUCCUCAACCUGCCAAAAUCCGUCCUGUCCAAGAAAAUGUCCGGGUUCAAGGUGUAUUCCCUCGGCGAGGAGAACUCAACGAAUAACUCCACGGGCCAGUCGCGGGCCGUGAUCGCUGCGGCCGCCCGGCGGCGUGACAACAGCCACAACGAGUACUACUAUGAAGAGGCAGAGCACGAGCGGCGGGUGCGAAAGCGGCGCGCCAGGUUGGUAGUGGCUGUGGAGGAAGCCUUCACCCACAUCAAGCGACUGCAAGAGGAGGACCAGAAGAACCCGCGAGAGAUCAUGGACCCGCGGGAAGCAGCCCAGGCCAUCUUUGCCUCCAUGGCCCGCGCUAUGCAGAAGUACCUGCGCACCACCAAGCAGCAGCCCUACCACACCAUGGAGAGCAUCCUGCAGCACCUGGAGUUCUGCAUCACCCACGACAUGACUCCCAAGGCCUUCCUGGAGCGGUACCUGAGCGCUGGGCCCACCAUCCAGUACCACAAGGACCGCUGGCUGGCCAAGCAGUGGACUCUGGUCAGCGAGGAGCCUGUGACCAAUGGCCUGAAGGACGGCGUGGUCUUCCUUCUCAAGCGCCAUGACUUCAGCCUGGUGGUGAGCACCAAGAAGAUCCCCUUCUUCAAGCUCUCCGAGGAGUUCGUGGACCCCAAGUCACACAAGUUUGUCAUGAGGCUGCAGUCAGAGACCUCGGUGUGAACUGAAAAGGGCGUGGGGUGGGGGGAGAGGGGCAGGAUGCGCCCCGGACCCUUUGCCGCGGUCCCCGGCGAGCAUCAGGGGAAGCACCUCCAACCAGCACACGAGCCUGUUGCCUCCCCAAGGCCUCGCCAUGACCCCUCUGUCUCUUGUCGUCUCCACUUGGGGCUCAGAGCCUUUCUCUGUCCCCCCAUCCCCAUUCCCUCCCAAACCCAGAUUCUUGUAGCAAUCUCCCCGGGGGUGCAGGCAGCAUCUCAGCCAAGCCAGGACCCUGCAUUUAGUGCCAGAUUUCAAGGGCUACUUCCGUGAACUUUCUCACCAGCAUCUCCAAGUGCCCAGGCUCCGUUCCUCUCGGGACUGUCCCAUCUCUGGCCUUUCACAGCCUCCCCGGAGGUUUCGGAUUUGGGGCUGGCGAUGCCCUCAUUGGAAGCCGCGGGAAGCUGGCCGGCACCUCUGAAAUGCCACAGCAGCUACACCAACUUCCCCUGGCCCACCACAGGCAAGAAGAAACCACCCUUUCGGCCCUUCUGCUGAGAGGCCUGGUGCAGAAAGAUCUCCCGCGGGGCUUCCCAUAGCAGCAGCAACAACACAGAACUGGUUUUUGAAGAGUAAGAGGUUUUUUAAGUGGUAACUCCCUCUUCACCCCCAUCCAACACCUGAUCUGUGUCUUCUAAGCAGUGACCGCCACCCCCAAGCCUGUCCUGGCCCCCUUCAAUGUCCUGGUUUGAUUCUUCCUCUCGGCCAAGCCCCUUUUGCAUGGAUCCCAGCACUAGCAAAGGGCUUUCAUGCAGGCAUCAGCUAUGAGCAAUGCAAAGGGCUCUCCAGGCAUCCAGUCCCCGGUCUGUGCAGGCACGUGGCUGGCGAUAGUGGCACCUAUGGCCCUGUUUGCUCUUGUCUGUAGCUGAGCCCUCUCCGUCUCCAUUGCCUUGAGGACCCGAAGGUUUCCCUCUCCCCACCCCAUCCGCCUUGAUUUUUUUCCCCAGAGAACAGGCUCAGUCACUCGCUGUCCGUGUCGUGCCCUGGGCCAGGCCCCUGCUUGUGUGUGCAUCUCUGGUUGUCCCCGCGGUGUAGUUGUCGUCCCAGCCCAUCACUCCGAUGGGACCCCCUGUCCCAUGGGCCUGUAUGAAUUGUGCCUAUGCCAUGGUCUGCACCGGGGUGGGAGCAGAGUGGGCACUGCCCUCUGCCCACCCCAGCACAGCCAGGCAAACAUUACGAUGGGCUCUCCCCGGGCGGGCGGGGGUCCUCUCUCUGGUCGUUUCUACUCUCGGACCUGGCCGCGGCAUCUCUCUCUCUAGGGCUGCAAAUACCUCACGCGUUUUCUACGGGGUUCUUCGCGCCGGCUGGGCCGCGGGGAGGGUGGGGGGGCUGUCAUUGUGCUGCCGUCUGUGCUGUGCGAGGUGCUCACGUGUGUCGUCCCAGUGUGGGGUUGUUUUUCGGUAGGACCUGCCAGGUUUCCUCACUGUGAUUUUGUUUCCGUCUGUUGGGUUUUUGAAGCACUGCGAGGAUUUGAGGACUGUGAUUUUCCAGGAGGGGGGUGGGAGGGUGGCAGUGUUUUGCCCUAGGAAGUCAGGAUUGUGAUGUUUAAGCUUCUUGUUCCUUUUAGUUUUAAGACUAGAUCCCCUCCCUGUCCCCCUUGAUACUGUUGCAAGGGGGUUUCCACUCGUGUGACCUCCUGGAGAAGCCAGCUAAGAGCCCUCCAGGCUGGAGCUGCCAACCCUGUCGAUGCCUGUCUGUCCCCACCGCAGGGUGGUACAUUGCUGCCCAUCACCGCGGUCUCUGGGCUUCUUCCGUGUGAAGCCUGUAGCAAUAGUGAGCACUUCAGGGAGCUUCUCUAACUCUUACCCUUUGUAGCACCAUGUCCCUGGGGUAGGGCAUCUCUGUUAGUGGGCAUCUCCGUUAGUGCCCUACCAUGUCUUUGGGGUAGGACAUCUCCAUUUGUGGGCACCUCCGUUAGUGCCCUGCCAUGUCCCUGGGGUAGGGCGCCUUCUUUAACCCCAGCUAAGGGUUCAGCCUUUGUGCCUACACCAAUUUCACCCCUUCCUACCCCAGGUCACCUCACUGCUUGAAGCCGCUGGGUCUGACCGCGACUUCAGAGGCUUUGCACCCGCCAGCUGUGGGAGAGCAACCCCCUGCACCGUGACCUUCCAAAUCCCAGAUCCCAAGAGCAAGCCAAACCUCUGGCUUGCAGAGGAUGCUGCAUGCCCACAUCUGUCUCCAGGAUGUCCUCCACCACUUGCACCCUGAUACCAUCCCACCUGCCUUUUUGUGCUCUCCUUCUCCAAGCCCCUGGGGGGUUGUUUUUGCCAACACUGCUCCUGGCUCAGUGCCGGACUCCAUGUGCUCCUUUCUGUCACAUUUGCGGGGAUAGGAAUUUUGUUGGUUUUUUUUUUAACUGCAAAAAAGAAGAAAAAACAAACCCGGCUCUUGGCUGGAGCGAGGUUGUAAAUGUAGACUCCUUUGGUUUUCCUUUUCCCCAAUUCUAAGUUUAAGGAGAACAUCCCCCCCCCCCUUUUUUUUACAGAGCCAACCCGUUGUGCAUGCGUGUAGAAAGUUGUAAAAUGUAAAAUUGUUUUUUAAUAUAUAAAAAGCUUGUUUUUACAGUUUGCAGUGGAUCAAGGCCUUGCCGCCGCCAAUGUAGGACCUUCAUUUUUUCAUGAAUAGAGGAAUUAAAAUUGUACAAUUCUUUUUUUUUUUUUUUUUAUAAAAUAAAUACAUUUGACAUUUUG